ACAUGCAACAUUGCACAAAAAAAAUCAGCGAAACAGCAAGACCACGAAAGGUGAACGUGUUAUAGCGAGGGACCACUCUAUUACAUUUUAUUCACAGCUGAAGAACUUUGGGCUGCACUGGUAAAAGUUUUUAUGUGAAAUAUUUUGGCCUUUGACAUCAUGUGCUCCACGGCGUCCAUCCUCAACCUGUGCAUCAUCAGCGUGGACCUCUACUGGGCCAUCUCCAGCCCCUUCAGGUACGAGCGGAAAAUGAUUCACCACGUGGCGUUUGUCAUGAUCGGGGUGGCGUGGACGCUCUCCAUUCUGUUCUCCUUCAUUCCCGUGCAGCUCAACUGGCACCGGGCCGGGGAGGAGGAGCAGGAGGUGGCGAUGGAGGAGAUGGCGGUGAUAAUGGCUGCCAGCGGAAAGAACUUCACAAACACAAGCAGCUUCAACUCAAGUGACGUCGCCUACGCCAUCUCCUCCUCCUUUAUCAGCUUUUACAUCCCAGUGGUGAUCAUGAUCGCCACCUACACCCGCAUCUACCUGAUUGCUCAGACCCAGAUCCGUCGGAUCAUGUCUUUGGAGCGCUGAUCAAAUAUGGCAGCUUUGUGUUGUGCUGCAAGUUAAAACCAAUUGUCCCCAUGAGCACAGCAUCUAACAACUCUCCUUCAAAAUAGCGCUAGAAUUUAACUGGACACAGUGGUUUUCAGUGGGAGAUACAUUCAUCACUCAGCCGUGACAAAACAAUUUUCCAUGGAAACAUCCAGAGGAACUAAUCUUUGUUGUUGUUUCUCUGGGCUCAAUUUCAGCCUCAGCAGCAUCUCACAGAAGAAAACCACUGUAAAAUGUUUGCCAAUAAUCAGACAAAAACAUUAAGACAGGUGGUAUUCUCUGGAGUGUAAGACCAAAACUGAACUCAAACAGUGAAUUUACAUUAGACUGGAAUUCACAAGAUAAAUAGAAAUACUGCUGAAGCUGAAUGAUAAGUUUUCCACGCAAUUUAGUAAAAGUACAAAUGUGUACAAGUUACAGACUUCCUCAGUAAGUUUACACUCUUUUGGAGUGAUUUGAAUUGUGUGUUAAAGGAGAAAGAGAUUAGGAGGUAAAGUAGAGGAUGCAGAGUCCAUCAUCACUGAGGCCGUCUCUCCUGCAUGAAGUCCAGGUGCUGAUUUUCCCGUGUGUGCGUCUGAUGUCCCAUAGCUGACUCAGAGCCGUAACACCAUCAAUGACUGCGGUAUGGAACAGAUGUGGGUGUGUAUGGAAGCCCGUU